AUGGAGUGUUACAUAGACAACAAGGAUGGCUUGAAGGAUGCCUUGGAAAUGCUAAAUGAGAGGGCGGGGGAAGCCUCCAGAGCGUCGGAUAUUGCGAGGGUGUGCAACGACAACAAUGUCGCUGGUUUGGAGAGAAGUCGAGUGACCGGACUUCCGCCACGCUCACGUGAGUCGGACAAGGUCUCGCUUAUCACAAAGAUUGAUAAACUGAAAAGGGAAUAUGGAGUAAAAGCAGCUGUAGAGCCGGAGGAUUCUUGGGAGCCGUGGAUGCAAAAUGAGGUUGAGGCUGAAGCUCCUGAACUUGAGCUUUUCUCCCCCUUUUCCCAACAGGAGCUAAAAGGCCCUGCUCGAGGGCAAUCGCAGACCUGGCAAAAAGAACACCUACGGUCAUCAGAUCCACUACAGCGAGAGAUUGAGGAACUUUUGGAGGAGCCAUCAAGCGUGCCCAGGCGAUCGAAUAGGCCACGGCAGUAUCCAUCUCGACCAGCGUCAUUCAAUUCAGUGUUGGAGCAAAGAAAUUUGCAGAAGCCUCAGCCAUCUCAGCCUCGAUCUAGAGCAGCAUUAUCUAGAUCAGUAACAUCUGGAUCACAGCGACCUGAAUCGCCGUCAUUGCAGUCACAGGUGCAGCAGUGGAAGCAGUCUCGGCUAUCCCCCUCUCAAUCUGGAUCGCAGCCGUCGGGAUCGCAGCGACCUGAAUCACCGUCAUUUCAGUCACAGGUGCAGCAGUGGCAGCAGUCUCGGUCACCCCGCUCUCAGUCUGGAUCGCAGCCGUCGGGGUCGCAGCCGUCGGGGUCGCAGCCAUCGGGACGGCAGCCAUCGAGACGACAGCCAUCGAGACGACAGCCAUCGGGACGACAGCCAUUGGGACCGCAGCCAUUGGGAUUACAACUAGCUCAGUUACCUCCACCUGGAUCACAGCGGUCUCUGUCCCAGCAAUCUCAGUAUCAGCGGUCUCAGUCUCAGAUAUCUCAGUCUCAGCGAUGUCAGCCACAGCAGUCUCGAUUACAGCCGUCUCAGCCACAGCCGCAAGGGCUUCAACAGGAGCCAAUGCAGUACAAACCUGCGCCCCAACUGCGACAACGGCAGCAGCAACGGCAGCAGCAACGGACUCAUUCAUGGCCACGUAAUCAGGAGCUGCAGGGCUUUGCUGCCCAUAGCUUAUCAUACGUGCCAGAGGCUCCUCGAGAGGAGUCUGCGCCUUCCAUCCACCGUCCAGUAGAGACAGCGACGUAUGAACUGAACGAGCUUCCCGAGAGCUCCAGCAAGGAUAAGGGUAAGGGCAAGGAUAAGCUCAGCCUAGCCGAAGAAGGCCGAGCUGGAUUCGGCCAAGAUGCAGCCAAUGAUGCUGAAGAAGAGAAGAAGAAAGGACCAAAGCCCUUUUGCUCGAUACGCGGCCAUUGCGUUAUAGGCCCCUUUCCGGGCUGGAAAAACUGGUUCACCAGGAGGGGUGAUGACCCUUGAGGAUGAAGAUGAAGACGAAUGCCAGUUGGAGAGGGCACUGGAAACGGGUGAAGCAUUGUGGAAGUAGGGUAGUAGUCUAGCGAUUGAUAGAAGAUUAGAUGGUACUUGGAAUAGAGCGAUGGAUUUAGUUG